CUGCUCUGAUCCUGACUGGUCUGAUGAACCUCAUUGGUCCCGGCAGGACAAACUCCGUGCAGCGGAGUCAGACUCCCUGGCCGGAGUCGGGUGGAGUGGAUUUCUUCUUUGUGCCAUUGCAAUGCUCCUUGUGAUAUUUCCCAUGUUUACCUUUCCGAAAAAGCUUCCUCCUCGACAUAAAAAAAAGAAAAAGAAAAAGAUGAACUCUGAUGAUGUUUCAAGUGAUGAUGAAGUCAUGAAAGAGAAAACAAAUAGCAAAAUACAAGCAGACAGUGCAGUACCUGCUUCUAUGGGAUUUGGAAAGAACGUUAAAGAGCUUCCAAGAGCAGCUGUCAGGAUCUUAAGCAACAUGACAUUCCUUUUUGUGAGUUUGUCAUACACAGCUGAGAGUGCCAUUGUCACAGCUUUUAUUACCUUCAUUCCCAAGUUCAUCGAGUCACAGUUUGGCAUCCCAGCUUCCAAUGCCAGCAUCUACACUGGUGUGAUUAUUGUCCCGAGUGCUGGUGUUGGUAUUGUCCUAGGCGGCUACAUUAUAAAAAAACUGAAACUUGGUGCGAGAGAGUCUGCAAAGUUGGCUAUGAUCUGCAGUGGUGUGUCUCUGCUCUGCUUUUCAACUCUCUUCAUUGUUGGAUGUGAAAGCAUUAAUCUAGGGGGAAUAAAUAUACCUUACACGACUGGUCCCACUCUUGCCAUGGCCCACAGGAAUCUGACUGGGAGCUGUAAUGUUAACUGUGGAUGUAAGAUUCAUGAGUACGAGCCUGUCUGUGGAUCAGAUGGAAUAACAUAUUUUAAUCCUUGCCUAGCUGGCUGCAUCAAUGGUGGAAACCAUAGCACAGGGGUAAGAAAUUACACAGAAUGUGCCUGUGUCCAGAGUCGCCAGGUGAUCACUCCGCCAACGGUGGGCCAGCGCAGCCAGCUCCGGCUGGUUAUUGUCAAAACCUACCUGAAUGAGAACGGCUACGCUGUUUCUGGGAAGUGUGAUCGAACCUGCAACACGCUUAUCCCGUUCCUGAUAUUUCUCUUCAUUGUUACCCUUAUAACAGCAUGCGCCCAGCCGUCAGCAAUCAUAGUGACACUCAGGUGA